AUGGACCCAAAAACUCGGUUGCGGAAGGCCUGCGACGCCUGCAGCAUCCGGAAAGUGAAGUGCGAUACCAGUGGCCCACCAUGUCGGUCCUGCGCUAGCCUGGAUAUCCCAUGUACGUAUGAGCGGCCAAGCAGACGUCGUGGACCACCAAACCGCCAUGCGGAAGCCCUGAAGAAGCAAAAACUGGAAACCCCAGCAGAUGGCUCUUCAGCUAGUCCAUUUGACUACCCGCAGGCGAGCACGCCGCAGGCUUCCGUGCCAUCACCCCGUACUCCCGCGCUACCAUUACCUGCUUCAGCAGAGGCUAUCUGCUCUUUGCAUACAGUCCAGCUUCUGCUCGAUGAUUUCUUCACGUAUAUUCACCCUUUGGUACCUGUACCCCAUGAACCUACUUUUCGUGCGGCAUUUGAGCGCCGCGAGGACGUCACGAGCGGCACAUUUCUUGCCCUUCUGGCUUCCAUGAUUGGAUUCCUAGUCGCCUCCUUCCCCCGGCGGCCUAAACUACGUCUCAAUACUGAGGCGGAACGCUCGGCGUUCCCAAACUCGAUAGCUUUAGUCAAACGGUGCCAUGAUGUCGCCGCUCAAGCACGAGGUACUGGAUACCUGGAUCGCAAUGCUACAGUAUAUGAUGCUGCAAUCAGCUACUUUCUCGGCGUUUGUUCCGGCUAUAUUUGGAGCAUGCGCCGUUGCCGGACUUAUCUAGCGGAAUGCCGUGCUAUGCUGCAGAUAUACGAUCUCUGCCGGUCCCCUCCCAGAACUCCACUUCCAUCAGUACCGAGCGCUACCAGUCCAAUGUCGACAACCUCGGUCAUAUCUCAGGACCAGCCACCCCAGGGCUUAGCUGAAAGUACGACUGUGGAUUUAAUCACCCAGGAACUCGGGCGCCGUCUUUUCUACGUCGCAUUUGUUGGAUAUCAGACACUUCACCAAAUAGGGUCUUCUGAUAUAAAAGUUCUUGUUCCCCCGGAAACACCAACGGAUCGCUAUCCGCCUCUACCUCUCGAAGUCGAUGACGAGUUUCUUUUUCCGACGCAUGUGCUUCCACAACCCACGGAUCGUGUAUCACGACUAGUAGGUUUCAAUGCGAACGUGCGCGUAUACAGCUCGUACAAUGCCCUUCUAGCCUGGGAGAUUGCUUUCGGCAGUGGUCAGAUCUUCAAUUGGGAACAUCAAUGCUCCUCUCUCUGGGACUGUCUCCAAAAGGCAAAGUCUGCGCUUGUUAAUGUUCCAGUCGAGCUGUCUCUUUUUCAUCCAAAGCCACGUGCUCACGUACCGGGCAUGGGUGAGGAUGGCUCGCUCUUUAGCUACCCAGAUGACCAUAUCCACCAGGAGCGUCGUGCAAUCCAGUACGAGAUUCAGAAAGCCAACAUAUAUGCCAGUCAGCUUUGCACCAGGUCCUUCCUGGUUGAGAAAUACUGGAAUCUUUUUGAAAUGUCCACCAAGUACGGAAGGUCAAUUCAAAUGGCAACACCCAAUCUCGCUGGAUCCCGUACCAAAAUUGAAAGCCCGUCGGAUACUCCCACCGAGGGGGUGCCUGCUGCGACUCCAUCAGACUCGUCUUCGCCAGCCAUGGCACAUGUACAAACAAACUACAUUGGCAGAAUGAUGGCCGAAGAGCGUAAACUAGUGAUUAAAGACCUAUUUGUGCUUCUUCGGACUGUCAAUGAAGUCAAUAUGGAGCCCAAUGGUGCCAGCAUCACAAGCAAAAUCCGCCAAGUAGCAUCCACCCUACUCAACAUGCCUCACCACUCCCGACCCCAGUUUAGCCCCAACACCACCGCCUCAGAUGACAUUUCUCUGGCAUCUGGUCCACCAAAUCAACACCAGCACCCGCCCUCUGGGCCCCACGUUCUCACAGCUGCAGAGGCAGAAUCUUAUCUACAAGCGUUUAUAGACACCCUGAUCCGGCUGGAGGGCCAUUCGUCUGCGACGACAGACCCAGGCAGUGUGGUGGAAGGCGUGAGUCCGCGCGCGAACGGGCGCGCGAUGAGCUACUUGAGCGAUUACGAGCGGGACCAGGAGGAACUGAGCCAAUGGGCUAGUCUGAAGGAGUAUCAGCAGAAAUUCGCGGACGCGGGAGGUCUUUUGUCAGAGCUUUAG